CUCCGAGUCCCGCCUUCUGAGGUUGGCGAGUAACCUAGCAACGCAGGCACCUAAGUGGUAAUCACUUAGUAGAAAAACUGAAGCCCUUGGAGCGGGGCUGCCAGGGAUGAUAAAAGCAGGAGGCCCAGAGAGCCUACCGAAGUCUCCAUCUCUGAGGGCGUACAAAGGCGGAAAAGGCUGCUCAUAAAAUGGCUCUGGACAUCCUCGCCGUGGCCCCUCUCUACCAAGGCCCUGACAUAAACAAAAUCAGGCUGAUGGCAGAGACGACCAAGAAGUCCACCACCCCGCCCAAACCCUUGACCCCCUCUAGGACCAAACUCACCACCAUUGAGACCAAGAGGAUCAUGUCCGUUCUGGAUGAGACCAUUCACAAGGUGGAGUUGGUGACCCUGCUGUCAAACGUGGCAUCCAGUUCCCAGAGUCUGGAGGGGAUGCUGGGGGAGGACAUCAUGAAGGCAGUGAGGGAGCACGUGGACCUCUGCCAGACCCUCUUGGAUCACGUCAAUUACCUUCAGGAGGAAGAGCAGCGAUUGCAGGAGGAAGAAGGGUUCGAGGAUGAGCCAUGGUUCCGAGACCUCGUCUUCUCCAUAGAGCUCCAGAAAUCCCGCCUCCCUCCACUUAGGCAGCAGAUCAGAGAAUCCACCAAGAAUGUCUUGAGGCUCCUGCUCAGGAACCCCCAGGCGGCCAGUCUCUUGCAGGUGCAGUCCCUGGGCAGAAGUGAGGAAGCCCAGAGUUUUAUUGACAGUCUGGUAGAACUCCGAGGUUUCCUGUUUGAGAAGCUACUCACUAGUCCCAUGGAAGCCAGAGACAAGACUCAGUUCAUCCAGGACAUCACCAGACGAAAUCGGAGGAACCAAGAAAUCAUCGACACUCUGGAAAAUGAAUUGGCAGCCUGCAUGAGGAACAGGGAUGCAGAGGUGGAGAAGGAGAACUUUGUGGUCCAAGAACUGAAAAAUCACCUGCACCAGGUGCUCAAGUUCUCGGAGAACAGCCUCCUCCGCACCAAGCAGGAGGCCGAGAAACAGCAGAAGGCGGACUUCCGGGCGUCGCAGGCCAGGGUGGCUAAGAUCCAGCAGGAGAUCCUGCUGCUGCGGUCACAGUUCCACAACCUGGUCAUGGAGAACCGGGAGGCGGAGCAGGCGCUGAGGAAGAAAAAAUAUAAAGUGGAAACAGAAAUUGAGAACUGGAUCCAGAAAUACGAUUUGGAGAUGAGUGAAAAGCAGGAUGAGUACGAGGAGCUGGACAUCAUCCACAAGGAGGAGAAGCUCCAGCUGGAGGAGCUGAAGCAACGGCACAGCGUGCUGGUGGGAGAGUUCUCCCAGAUCCAGGCUGAGAGGGAGAUCAAGGCCAAGGAGAGGCUGGAGGCCGAGCAGGAGAUGGUGCGCAUGGUGCGGGCUGCCACGCUCAUCCAGGCCCUGUGGAAGGGCUACCUGGUCCGCUCCAUGCUCAGGUCCAAGAAGAAGAAGCGGAACAAGGGCAAAGUGAAGGACAAGGAGGGUAAGGGCAAGGAGAAAGGCAAGGGCAAGGAGAAAGGCAAGGGCAAGGAGAAGGGCAAGGGCAAGGAGAAGGGCAAGGGCAAGGAGAAGGGCAAGGGCAAGGAGAAGGGCAAGGGCAAGGAGAAGGGCAAGGGCAAGAAAUGA